AUGACUUCCUUCUACAUGACCUCAAGCCAGCCUCUGGGCAGCAUCCAGAAUCCUGGAGAAAUAAAUAUCUGCCCCUCCUCCGUUGAUGUUGGGUACCACCCUGGCUUAGAGGAAAAGGCUGCCUGCCAGGGCCUCCUGGCCAGCCUGGCACAUGUCAACCGAGUUCGAGUGGGGACCACCCCGCUGGGCCGACCCAAUCUCUGUCUGCCCAACAGCUGCCACAAUGCUUGCCCCUUGCCAGGAACCCGCAACAUUCCUGCCAACAUUGGAAGCUGUGGGGCCUACGGUGAAGGCACCCUGAACGGCCAUGAGAAGGAGACCAUGCAGUUCCUGAACGACCGCCUGGCCAACUACCUGCAGAAGGUGCGGCAGCUGGAGCAGGAGAACGCGGAGCUGGAGACCAAGAUCCGAGAGUGGAGCAAAUGCCAUGAGACCACCAUGUGCCCCAACUACCAGUGCUACUUCCAGACCAUCGAGGAGCUCCAGCAGAAGAUCCUGUGCACCAAAUCUGAGAAUGCCAGGCUGGUUAGCCAGAUUGACAACGCCAAGCUGGCUGCCGAUGACUUUAGGAUCAAGCACGAGAGUGAGCACUCCCUGCGCCUGCUGGUGGAGGCGGACAUGUGUGGGAUGCACAAGCUCCUGGAUGACCUGAGCCUGGCCAAGGCCGACCUGGAGGCCCAGCAGGAGUCCCUGAAGGAGGAGCAGCUCUGCCUCAAGAGCAACCACGAGAAGGAAGUGAACAUUCUGAAGUGCCAGCUGGGAGACAGGCUCCGGAUUGAGCUGGACACGGAGCCCACCGUGGACCUGAGCAGGGUGCUGGAGGAGAUGCGGUGCCAGUACGAGACCAUGGUGGAGACCAACCGGCGUGACGUGGAGCAGUGGUUCGAAGCUCAGUCUGAAGGCAUCAGCCUGCAGGCCUCAUCCUGCUCUGAGGAGCUGCAGUGCUGCCAGUCGGAGAUCCUGGAGCUGAGAUGCACGGUGAACGCCCUGGAGGUGGAGCGCCAAGCCCAGCACCAUCUGAAAGACUGUCUGCAGAACUCCCUGUGUGAGGCUGAGGCCCGCUUCGGCACUGAGCUGUCCCAGAUGCAGUGCCUGAUCAGCACCGUGGAGGAGCAGCUGGCCGAGAUCCGCUGCGACCUGGAGCGGCAGAACCAGGAGUACCAGGUGCUGCUGGAUGUCAAGGCCCGGCUGGAGUGUGAGAUCGCCACGUACCGGAACCUUCUGGAGAGCGAGGACUGCAAACUCCCCUGCAAUCCCUGCUCUACACCUGCCUCCUGUACCCUUCGUCCAAGCUGCCCCCCUCCGGCCUGUGGGUCUUCAUGAGAGCCGACUCUGAAAGUCUGAGUUCCAACGCAGGAGGUCACGGCUGCCUGUCCUGGGGCUAGGAUCGCCCUCACCUUGCUUAGUCUUUCUCUAGAAAUACCAAACCCACUGGAGGCAUUUUCACUGAAUCAAAGGGCAGCAGACAACUUCUAAGUAGUGGCUUCGUAUCUGUGCCUUAGGCUGAUUUUUAAAAACAUUGCAUUGUCUUCCACUGAAACUAUUGUUUUCCCCCCUAGUCUCUCUUCUGGGAUUUUCAUUCUACUCCAGUGCUUCUGAAUCUUCUAAAAUGU